UUCUCCCUCUUUCGCCUUCUUUUCCUCCCGGGGUCGCCUUGUUGGGGCUUCGUGUUGUUUUAGCUCGACUUGUGCUUUUGGUUUGUAAUUUGGCCGUGCUUAGGUAAUUGGCUGGUUAAAGGCACCAGGCGGGCGCAGCCAAUCAGCGCGCAGCUUCCAUUGGGCUUGAGUUAUUAGACGCUGAUCUAAAAACAUCCUUCAGCAGACAGCUAAGGAGAGGCCAACAGAUCAGGCAGCCAUUUUUCUGCAAUGGAAUUAAAUGGCCAACUGGGUUUUCCUUUGUUCCAAAAGGGGAUACUUGAUUUGAAUGAAUCCACAACCAUCCAUUUCAGGACUUCUCAGUGUCUGUGUUAAUGUCUGACAACAUUUAGAGGACUAAAAGGAAGAAGGAAGAUUUUAUAAAAAGAUCUGGAUUUUUCCCUUUGAUUUGGAACCCAUCUUUGUCUUGUAUAUAACUAGGUCAUGGCACGCCCUUAUGUCAGCAGUAACAAUUUUGAGUUACCAAAAAAGUAAAUACAUAUGUAUUUUUGGUGUUUGUUUUUGAAAGCUUUUCUUUGCCUGAGCAAAAACAUCUCUAGAUGUAGCUUCCUGUAUUAAACACUAAAUACCUGGCCAUCUUUUAAGUUAAAUCCUUUCGUGCUAACAAGGUAAUGUUUUAAAUAUAGAUGUAGGAAACGUGAAUUCUUGCAAAAAAAAUCAUUAGGAAAAGUUUUUUUCCUUUUACAUUACUCCCACAACUUCACCUUCAGAACUGCAUUCAACUAUGGUGUGCGGAAAGGGUGAGCUCGACGAUGAUCGAGGAGGAGGAGCUGACAAGGGAAUGCGUGGUCUGUUGUCAGACGAGAGUGGGCUUUCUGGUGGCAUCUAUCUGCUUGUUUACACAAUACGCUCCUUCAGUAUUUGAGAAAUACACCACCAGCAUCACUCUGGGCAAAAAAGAAGUGAUCCUACACUUAUACGACACUGCAGGGCAGGAGGAUUAUGAUCGCCUACGACCACUUUCAUACCAGAGUACCAAUGUGGUCUUAAUAUGCUACGAUGUCAUGAACCCUACUAGCUUUGAUAAUGUAUUAAUUAAGUGGUCCCAUGAGGUGAACCAUUUCUGCCGUGGAAUCCCCAUAGUACUUGUGGGCUGCAAAACAGACCUUCGGAAGGACAAAGAACAUCUACGGAAACUCCGCUCAGCUCAGCAGGAGCCAAUCACUUAUAUUCAGGGUGAAGAAGCUUGUCGCCGGAUGAACGCAGACAUUUACCUCGAGUGCUCUGCCAAGUUUCGUGAAAAUGUUGAGGAUGUUUUUAGAGAAACAGCUAACAUUGCACUGAACGCUAUCAAAAAGGCAAAGCGUCAGACAAAAUCGAGGCCAUGUGCCAUAUUAUGAUGUUAUCUGGUAUUUUCAGACUACAGAAAACAAGACUGUUUCUUCAGUAUUUUAAACCCUUCCCCCUCACCUUUUAAAUUGACUGCUCCUGUC